GUUUUAUUGAUUCGAGGCAGUUCCAGAGCGUUUCGCGGCAGUAUUGAACUCCAACAAAAGUAAAACAUUUGCACAAUAUUAAUACAUAAAUCGAUAUAAAAUCGCAUCUUCUGUUCUCAAGAGGAAGUACAUACAGGUCGGCCGCCAUGUGGAUCCAGGUGCGCACUAUGGAUGGCAAGGAGACCCAUCGGGUCGACUCCCUGUCCAAGCUCACCAAGGUGGACGAGCUGCGUGGAAAAAUCAUGGAGCUGUUUAACGUGGAACCGGAAAGACAACGACUGUUUUACAGGGGAAAGCAGAUGGAGGACGGUCACACGCUCUUCGACUACAGCGUGGGUUUGAACGACAUUGUUCAGCUGUUGGUGCGACAGGCCGCCCCUCCUCCUGUGGUGCUGUCAAAGGACAAGGAGGCCGAGCUGUCCGACUCGGACUCCGGCUGCGGGUCGACCCCGAGCGAGUCUGAUAAGGCCUCCACGCACGGCGAGAGCGAAGUGCAAAGUGCCGGAACCUCCGGUCAAACGGACGCACCGGAUUUGGUUGACCCGGGCUUUGGGUUUUACAAGAUAAAUGAAUUUGUGGAUGCACGAGACUUGAACAUGGGGGCUUGGUUCGAGGCGCAGAUUCAAAACGUGACAAAGGCGCCAAAAUCUUCAGAGGGAAAUGACGGGAUUGAUGAAGAGGAGAUCAUUUAUCAUGUCAAAUACGAAGAUUACCCCGAGAACGGAGUGGUGCAGCUGCGGGGUAAAGACGUUCGCCCGCGGGCGCGCACGGUCUACCAGUGGCACCAGCUGGAGGAGGGCAUGAUCGUCAUGGUAAACUACAACCCUGACGAACCCAAAGAGCGUGGAUACUGGUAUGACGCCCAGAUCCAGAGGAAAAGGGAGACUCGGACCCAGCGGGAAGUUUUCGGAAAGAUUCUGCUAGGAGAGGCUGGUGAUUCUCUCAACGACUGUCGAAUAAUGUUCGUGACUGAAAUUUACAAGAUCGAAGAACCGGGAAGUGCAGAGGGACCAGCUGCCUCUUCUGAAAGCCCUCUUAAAAGAUCAAACGGGCCCGAGUGCAAAGUCUGCAAAGACGACCCGAAGAAGAACUGCCGUAUGUGUAACUGUCAUGUGUGUGGUGUGAAGCAAGAUCCCGACAAACAGCUGCUGUGUGAUGAAUGCGACAUGGCGUUUCACACGUACUGCCUGAAUCCCCCGCUGACCACCAUCCCAGAAGAUGAAGACUGGUACUGUCCAGAAUGCCGUAACGAUGCCAGUGAGGUGGUUCUGGCUGGGGAAAAGCUGAAGGAAAGUAAGAAGAAAGCAAAAAUGGCGUCUGCGAGCUCAUCCAGCCAGAGAGACUGGGGAAAGGGUAUGGCUUGUGUCGGCCGCACCAAGCAAUGCACCAUCGUACCCUCCAACCAUUACGGCCCUGUUCCUGGAGUCCCGGUGGGAACCCUCUGGAAGUUCAGGGUGCAGGUGAGCGAAUCAGGAGUCCACAGGCCUCACGUCGCUGGGAUUCACGGCAGAAGUAACGACGGCGCUUAUUCUCUCGUGCUCGCCGGAGGCUACGAAGAUGAUGUGGAUGAUGGUAAUGAAUUCACCUACACUGGGUCCGGGGGUCGCGAUCUCUCCGGGAACAAGCGAACAGCCGAGCAGUCCUGUGAUCAAAAGCUCACCAACAUGAACAGGGCACUUGCUUUAAACUGCAACGCCGCUGUGAAUGACAAAGAAGGGGCGGAAGCCAAGGACUGGAAGGCGGGGAAACCCGUGAGGGUCGUGCGAAGCUCCAAGGGUCGCAAACAUAGCAAGUUCUCCCCUGAAGAUGGCAACCGCUACGAUGGCAUUUACAAAGUGGUGAAGUACUGGCCAGAGAAAGGCAAGUCUGGUUUUCUCGUUUGGAGAUAUCUGCUGAAAAGAAAUGAUGAUGAGGCGGCACCGUGGACACGUGAGGGGAAAGAGCGCAAUAAGAAACUCGGACUCACCAUGCAGUAUCCAGAGGGUUAUCUGGAGGCCGUGGCCGCCAAAGAGAAGGAGAAAGAGAAUAAAAAUGAGGAUGAUGUCGAGGAAACGCCUACUAAGGGCAAACGAAAGAGGAAAUCUCAAACCGUGGAUGACGAGAAGAGUUCUCCAACUAAAGGCACUCCCAAAAAGAUGAAGGUGGAGGCGUAUAAGCUGAGCAAAGAGCAGAAGGCUUUUAUCAAAGAGGACGAGCUCAACAAGAAACUGUGGGACGAAGCCAUGGAGUCUCUAAAGCUCGGACCUCGCUUCGUGAAUAAGGUGGAGGAAGUUUUCCUUUGCAUCUGCUGUCAAGAAGUCGUUUACCAGCCUGUCACCACAGAAUGCCAACACAACGUCUGCAGGGAAUGCCUUCAGCGCUCUUUCAGAGCCGAGGUGUACACCUGCCCAGCCUGCCGAUACGACCUCGGCAAAAACUACGAAAUGACCGUGAACAAACCUCUUCAAGCCAUCCUCACCCAACUCUUCCCAGGGUACAGCAGUGGACGGUGAUGUCACAGAAUUCCAAUAAAACGCGAACGGAUUUCCAAUUUUAAUAUAUUUAACAAAUAAUCCAGGUCGUAGGAUUGAUUUGAUAAGUUUGAAAUCUGCUAUUUGAUUUGGCCCAGUUUUGCGAUCUGCCUUUAUCUAGCCAGCGCGUUGUAGGCAUGUUCCCAAAGUGUCUCGAAGGCGAUUCGACUAGUCAUAUUUUAGCUAUAGCAGCUUUUUUUAAGAAAUGCGCAAUUGCCUUUUUGUACUCCGUACCAGCAGAAAGAACUGUAGCUAUGCACAAUGACGACAUUCCCACCGUUAGCAUCGCAAGUUGCAGUGUUUUGUCAUAGUUUGUACGAGUGCACUGCGUCUCGAAUCCCGUUAAAACGUGUUAAGCUCAAUGUGUGCAGUAACAUUCUCACAUACGUGUACGACAUUCGCAACGUUAAUAAUUUUUUGCAUACUAAGUUCCGUGAGGUGCCGUAGCUUUUCAAACAUACUGUAAUGAUUUACAUUUGGCUUUAUGAAGUGUUUUUAUCAUUGUGCCGUUAACUAAAUUGAAUCUAAAAUCAAUUCGUUUUAACGUAGUAGUAAUUUACGUAAACGCUCUGAACUUAUUCUUGUUUUUCUCGUCUAAAUCGCAACUAAAUUUUAAUACGUGAAAAGAAUUGUUAUUAUCUCUUUGUGUGUAUUUGCUUUGCUCUUUAACUGCUGUAUGUGCUUUAAAAAUCGAGUGUCGUCUUUUUUUUGUGUUUAAUUUCUCCUCGUUGCCGUUAUAUGCAAACAGUGGUCAUGCAUUUGAGAACCUCUGAAAUUUGUGUACCGAACCAGCAUUUAUCUGGUUCGGAUUUCACUUCCUAGGCUCGGCGUGUUCACACUGGAUCAGGUUUUAUAUGCACCUGGUCUGUCUUGACUACAAUGGUCUUUAAGGUGAAUCCUCGGACCGUUUUAUUCGCACAAACCCAGACAGUUUGACUCAUUCAGGAAAUAUUUAAUGUGUCUUCUCACACGAUGACGUUCUUUGCUUGUUGUAAGAGUUAUUAUAGUAUUUGCUAAAUAUAAAUGCCGAUGGCUGCAGAUAUUGUUUUUUUUUUUUAUGGUUUCUUUUUAGUUUUACCUCAACUAUUUCUAAUUUGCGUAGGAGCUGUAUAUUCUGAAAUUGAAAUUGUAUAUUUUUUAGCACUUGAAUUUAGUCAUUGUAUGUAGUGCCCAGUGCAUAGCUGUUUCUCUUGCACUGGAGUGAGUGCUAUAUUUUUCAAUAAACUUCAUUGAACUUUUAUAUAAAAUAAA